CCCGAAGGUCUGCAGCAGAGACCGGGAGGCCAAGCUGGGGGUCCGCGGGGCCGGGCAGGUGGAAGGGGGUCCCGACCGGGCAGUGAGGGAAGCCAGCGCCGCGGGUGCUCGGGGGUGCCGCGGGGUACCGGGGCCUUCAGGUGACCGACGGGCACCAGGAAGACGUCCUAACAAGUGACCCUGGGAGGCGCUGGGGGCAGGGGGCUGCAGGAGCCGGGUCAGGCAGGUAGAGGCGGGCAGCUGGGGGAAGGAAAUGGCUCCCCCAGCCCCAUCUGCCGGUGAGGGGUCCAGGGAGGGCCCCGCAGUGCUCGCCGGGCUUGAGGGCCAGAGGUGCCCCGGGAGCCAAAGGGGUGGGGGCUCCUGUCACCCCCUGAGAGGGAGAAGGGACCUGUGACUGUCCCCUGAGUGACAUUGGCAGACAUUCUUGCAUUCUGCAUUGAUCCAUGCUCAAUUUUAGGGGUCUCCGUGACCUGGGAACUCCAGACCUGAGGGUGGACGCGUCCAGGCCACCUGAUGCCACUCUGAGACCAGGGGCCUCUGCAGUUUGUCUCUGUGGACACCAGUGCUCAGAGAUAGGACGCGUUCCCAGGGACAGGGGUGGCUCACACUCACGUGCAGGUGUGACUACCAGUGUCACUCGGGGCACCCAGAUGUGUCGGGGCUCCAGGACUAGAACCCCCAAACUGUAACAAGCACAAGCUUGGUGACUCAAAACGACUGAACAACUGUCAUAGUCUGGAGACCAAAAGUCCAAAGUGAAGGUGUGGGCUGGGCCUCAGUCCCGCAGGUCCAGGUGGGCUCCCUCCUGCCUCUCCAGCCCGUCACACAGGGCGCCUCUCCCUGGGCUCCUACAAGGACGCCAGUCAUUGGGUUGGGGCUACUUCAGUGUGACCUUAUCUUUUUUUUUAAGAGGUAUUUAUUUGGGAGAGAGCACGUGGGCGCGUGCAGGGGGGGAGAGAGGGAGGGGGAGAGCCCCCAAGCAGCACCCCUGCUGAGUGUGGAGCCCAGGCUCUUAACCCACUGAGCCACCCAGGUGCCCUCAGCGUGACGUUAUCGUGAACAUGUUUCCAAACAAGGUCACAAUCUCAGGGACCAGAGGUUGGGACCUGAACAUCUUUUGGGGGAGACACAAUGCUACCCACUACAGGUACACACAGCGGGGCAGGCUCAAGAUAGUCACCCCAGGGGACCUCCGUCAGGGACAGGGCCUCCAUGCUCAUGUUCUCUCGUGAGACCAGCUCACCCACCGUGGUGCUCGGCGCCGCUCCUUGUCCAGCCAGGCCUGGGCUGCCAGGGUGUCCCCAGCUCACUCUCCGUUCCUGGUCCUGACGCUGCCCCCCCCCCACACUGACCUGCAUUUGCACACGGACAUGCUGUGCCCGCUUGGCCCCCAGCGUGGACAAGGCAGGCCUUCUGAGCAGUGGCAGGUGCUGGCCACUGCUGCCCGGCAUCGGGGGCCCUGGAACACGGCUCAUGGAACAUGGUUGGCCUUCAGCCCCUGGUGUGCCCGAGGGACUCCUGUCCCAGGUCACAGAACGCAGGGGGGCUGGCAACAGCUUAUCAGGCUUGCUGACAGGAGUCCCUGCAGCUGCCCUGGCUUUGCCCCUCACGGUUCGGGGGAGCUCUGGCUGCUUCUCGUGCUCACCUGGAGUAAGGUUCAAGUGACAGGUCUCCUGGUGCUUCACACAGAACUGGGAAGCAUCCCGGGUCCCCUCCCCAGGCCCGGGACAGUAGGGGUGCAGGGAAGCGGCGCCUUGCAGGUGGGCACCACACGUCCACAGGGUGACCUUCCAGGAGAGGCCCUGCUGACACACGGGGACAGCUCGGAUGGCGCAGGGGUGCACGAAGGAGGUGAGGUCAGCAGCUCCGGCCCUCCAAGGACACUGAGGCCCCUCCACCCAAUCCCCUGGACAAGAGCCCACCGGGGGGCCCUGCCCCCCCACAGUGUAUCGGCACCCAUCUGUGAGGGUCUCAGCCCGGGGCGGAGGGCCAGCGUGUGUGCUGUCACCGCCGAGAGGAUGCAUGCCCCACCCAUGAGGAGCUGGCCCCACCGACCCCGUGUGGGGGGCACACCCAGUGCCCGGAGCCUCGCUGCACAGGGACUCCCUGGAGCACAGGACACCCGACUCUCCGCACCCUGCUUUGCUUGACAGGGACACGAUGGUAAACAGGUGCCGGCAACACGUGGCACUGGCCUCCUAGCCUAGAACCUCCCGGAAGGCCAGGGCCAUGUGCAUCCGCAGUGUGGAGGGCAGCGGGCCACGGGAAGACCCCAUGGCUCCUGGCCGGGCUUGCUAGGAGCCCAUUUACUGCUACACGCCGCACAACUUCACUCGCGACCAGGCGCUGUAUGCUCGCGGCUACUGCUGGACGGAGCUGCGGGACGCGCUGCCCGGCGUGGACGCUAGCCUGUGGCCGUCGCUGUUUGAGCACAAGCUGCUGCCCUACUCGCUGCUGGCCUUCGCGGCCAUCAUGUACGUGCCCGCGCUGGGCUGGGAGUUCUUGGCCUCCACCCGCCUCACCUCGGAGCUCAACUUCCUGCUGCAGGAGAUCGACAACUGCUACCACCGUGCGGCGGAGGGCCGCGCCCCCAAGAUCGAAAAGCAGAUCCAGUCCAAGGGGCCCGGCAUCACGGAACGCGAGAGGCGCGAGAUCAUCGAGAACGCCGAGAAGGAGAAGAGCCCCGAGCAGAACCUGUUCGAGAAGUACCUGGAGCGCCGCGGCCGCAGUAACUUCCUGGCCAAGCUGUACCUGGCACGGCACCUGCUCAUCCUGUUGCUCAGUGUGGCGCCCAUCUCCUACCUGUGCACCUACUAUGCCACCCAGAAGCAGAAUGAGUUCACGUGCGCGCUGGGCGCAUCCCCAGAUGGGCCGGCCGCGGGGGGCACGGCCGUGCGCGUGAGCUGCAAGCUCCCGUCUGUGCAGCUGCAGCGCAUCGUGGCGGGCGUGGACAUCGUGCUGCUUUGCGCCAUGAACCUCAUCAUCCUCGUCAACCUCAUCCACCUCUUCAUCUUCCGCAAGAGCAACUUCAUCUUCGACAAGCUGCACAAGGUGGGCAUCAAGACGCGCCGUCAGUGGCGCCGCUCCCAGUUCUGCGACAUCAACAUCCUGGCCAUGUUCUGCAACGAGAACCGCGAUCACAUCAAGUCGCUCAACCGGCUGGACUUCAUCACCAACGAGAGCGACCUCAUGUACGACAACGUGGUGCGGCAGCUGCUGGCCGCGCUGGCCCAGUCCAACCACGACGCCACGCCCACCGUGCGCGAUGCCGGCGUGCAGACGGUGGACCCCAGCGCCAACCCCGCCGAGCCCGAGGGUACCGCCGAGCCACCCGUGGUCAAGCGGCCGCGCAAGAAGAUGAAGUGGAUCCCCACCAGCAACCCGCUGCCCCAGCCCUUCAAGGAGCCGCUGGCCAUCAUGCGCGUGGAGAACAGCAAGGCCGAGAAGCCCAAGCCCGUGCGCCGCAAGACGGCCACGGACACGCUGAUCGCGCCGCUGCUGGACGCCGGCGCCCGCGCCGCCCACCACUACAAGGGCGGCGGGGGUGACCCGGGGCCCGUGCCGGACAAGAAGCACGCGCGCCACUUCUCCCUGGACGUGCACCCCUACAUCCUCGGCACCAAGAAGGCCAAGCCCGAGGCCGGGCCCGCCACCACCCUGCCCACCUCCCGGAGCCAGGAAGGCGGUUUCCUUUCCCAGGCAGAGGAGUGCGCACUGGGCUUGGCCGCAGCUCCCACCAAAGACGCCCCGCACCCUGAGAAGGAGAUCCUGUACCCAGCAGAGCCGGCCCGGGCCGCGCUUCCCCCCGGGGGCCCCUUUCACGUCUGCUCGCCCCCAGCAGCCCCCGCCACAGCCCCUCUGUCACCGGCCAGUCUGGGCAAGGCCGACCCCCUUGCAAUCCUGAGCCGCAACGCCACGCACCCCUUGCUGCACAUCAGCACGCUGUAUGAAGCCCGGGAGGAGGAGGACGGGGGCCCCCGAGCACCCCCGGACGUGGGCAGCCUUAUCGCCAUCCCGCCGCCCCAGCAGAUCCUCAUCGCCACCUUCGACGAGCCGAGGACGGUCGUGAGCACCGUGGAGUUCUGAGGAAGGGGCAGCCGCCGCCGCCCCAGCCCCACGUGGACGUGGCCUCUGCUUCACCCGGCACUGCCCGCGCCUCCCGGCCUCCCGUCCGCAUGCCACAGGGCUGAGCACCGUGCCCUCCCGGCCCCCGGGACAGCAUCGUGGGGGUGCUGGCUGGGCCCGGGCCGGCCUUGACCCCAGCAGAGCCCCCUGGAAGGCCUGGAGCCAACCCUGCGUCAGGCAGUGGCUGCAAGCUGAAGAGUUUAUUUUUUUAGGCGAUUUCGUGUUGGGCCCGGGAUGCUGGCCCUGACGGCCGGGCCGUGGCAGGACAGCUCUGCUCCAAGCCCGGAGGGAGCUGGGGCGGUCCCAGCACCGGGCCUGCCGGGCCCAGAGGGCCACGCUCAGGUCAGCGGGGGCGCAGGGGUCCACCCUCCAUCCGAUCAACGUGCACUUUCUCCUUGAGUCCCGACAUACCUGUACUUUAUUUUACUACGAUUACUGUAACUACUGAGUGUACGUAUUACCAGGAGACAGGAUGGUGUGUGCAUGGGCGUGAGCGACAGGAGGAGGGCACCAGUGUGCCAGCGGAUGUGUGCGUGAGUGGGCGUGAGCAGCGAGCAGCGCGAUGUGGGCGCAGCGGGAACGCACGGCGUGUGAUUGGGCACGGGGCUGAGACGGUGCGGACACCAGCGUGCAAGGGAAGGAGUCCAACGCAAUAACCACGUCCCCCCACCCAGGCCACCAGCCCCCACCUGAGGGCCCAGCUUCCUGUGGGCACCCAGGGCUGGCGCUCGGAGGGUCUGUCCCUAUUACCUCAGCCACGGUGACAACGUGACAGUAUUAACAAGGUAGCACCGAGCAUAUCAAUAAAUAUUAUUCUGAUACUGUG